AUGCUAAUUGAAAGAAUUGAAAAUGGAAAACAAGAAACCUACUUAUUACCACAGUUAAGUCCGAAUCACUAUUCCCACACAAAUACAAAGAAAGAAAGUCCAAAUCUUCAACUCAGUGAAGCACAAACACAAGACAGGAAAGAAAAUCCAAAUUAUCAAAUCCAGCGAAGAAUAAAUACAAGAAAGGAAAGAAAGUCCAAAUCUCCAAACCUAGCGAAGAACAAGCAUAAGAAAGAAAAGAAAUUACAAAUUACCAUCCCUAGUGAAGAAGAAAAAAACAACAAGAGAAGAAAGCUACUUAUUACUAUCACUAUUCCUGGUGAAGCACAAACACGAGGAAAGAAAGUCCAAAUCUCCAAACCCAGUGAAGCACAAACACAAAAAAAGAAAGAAAAAGGUCCAAAUAACCAUUCACAACGAAGAACAAACCUACAAAAGAAAGGAUAUUUGUUAAAAGAAUUUAAAAUGGAAAACAAACAAGAGAAGAAAGCUACUUAUUAA